AGCCGCACGCCCUCGUCGGAGACGACGAGCCGCCUUCGCGGGGAGGCGGCGGCGCGGGAGGAGGAGGGGCAGCAGCGGCGGCUGCGGCAUGGCCAUCGAGUGCCUCGUGCUAGGGGCAGGGCAGGAGGUCGGGAAGAGCUGCGUGGUGGUCACCAUCGGCGGGAAGCGGGUCAUGUUCGACUGCGGCAUGCACAUGGGCUACCACGACCACCGCCGCUACCCAGACUUCCCGCGCGUCCUCGCCGCCGGCGCCUCCGACUACACCGCCGCCAUCUCCUGCGUCGUCAUCACCCACUUCCAUUUGGAUCAUAUAGGGGCGCUGCCAUAUUUCACCGAGGUCUGCGGGUACCACGGCCCAGUUUACAUGACGUACCCAACAAAGGCUCUAGCUCCAUUGAUGCUGGAAGACUAUCGGAAAGUUAUGGUAGAUCAUAGAGGAGAGGAAGAGCAAUAUAGCUAUGAGGACAUCCUACGCUGUAUGAAGAAAGUUAUACCAUUGGACCUGAAGCAGACCAUUCAAGUAGAUAAGGACCUUUUGAUCUGUGCCUAUUAUGCUGGACAUGUUCUAGGGGCUGCAAUGAUUUAUGCAAAAGUUGGAGAUGCUGCUGUUGUGUACACUGGAGAUUACAAUAUGACACCAGAUAGACAUCUUGGAGCAGCGCAAAUUGAUCGUCUGAAGUUGGAUCUCUUGAUAACAGAAUCAACUUAUGCUAAAACUGUGCGUGACUCAAAGCAUGCCCGAGAGAGGGAGUUCUUAAAAGCGGUCCAUAAGUGUGUCUCUGGAGGUGGCAAAGUUCUAAUUCCGGCAUUUGCUCUUGGAAGAGCACAGGAGCUAUGCAUACUAUUGGAUGACUAUUGGGAAAGGAUGAACUUGAAGAUUCCUAUUUAUUUCUCAGCUGGUUUAACCGUUCAAGCUAACAUGUACUACAAAAUGCUUAUUGGAUGGACUAGCCAAAAGAUCAAGAACAGCUACACAGUUCAUAACCCAUUUGACUUCAAGCAUGUUUGCCACUUUGAGCGUUCCUUCAUUAACAAUCCUGGUCCAUGUGUUCUUUUUGCAACACCUGGUAUGAUUAGCGGUGGAUUUUCCCUGGAGGUGUUUAAGAAAUGGGCCCCAUCAGAAAAAAAUCUAGUUACACUUCCUGGAUAUUGUGUUGCUGGAACUAUCGGCCAUAAGUUGAUGUCUGGAAAACCUACCAAGGUUGACAUAGACAAGGACACCCAUAUUGAUGUCAGAUGUCAGAUCCAUCAAUUAUCGUUCAGUCCUCAUACAGACUCAAAGGGGAUCAUGGAUCUUACUGAAUUUCUUUCACCCAAUCAUGUAAUUCUUGUUCAUGGUGAAAAGCCUCAGAUGGCUUUCUUGAAGGAGAGAAUUGAAUCCGAAUUGGGGAUUCAAUGCUGUUACCCAGCUAACAACGAGUCCGUCACUAUUCCGACAACUCAGAAUUUAAAAAUAAACGCCACAGAGAAAUUCAUCACGAGCUGCUGUGUUGAUAGAACUGAAAACAAUCCACAGAACCGGAGCCUAGUAUUUGGUAGCGACAUGCCAGAAGGUUGCAAUACUGAAGGAGUAGCUGAGGGCAUUCUUCUGAUGGAGAAGUCCAAGGCACCGAAGAUUUUGUGCGAGGACGAGCUUCUUCACUCCCUGGGCAUGGAAAAGCAUUAUGUCCAUUUUGAACCACUGCAUUCCUCCAGGACUGAGGAGGAAAACACAGUGCUGGAAUGAAUGAAUGAAUGAAUGGACAAUUCUUUCUUGUUAACUACUCUAGACUUUUGAGAGGUAUGGACAGUGGAGGUGAAUAGAGUUGUGUAGUUAGAGACGGGCUGUUAUGAAGAGAAAAAAAAGAACAUGUGCAUGCGUCACUUCAUUUUGGUCGAUUGAACCUCAUUUUUCCUCUGUUCUUUUGAAA